AUGUAUCCAAACGUGGCUUCUACUAUACGUAAAAAACAACUCUGUUCAAAAUGUAACAAAGCAGCUGGAAUACUCAAUUGCUAUGGAUGUGGGAAAGAUUUUUGUUAUCGUCAUGUAGCUGAACAUCGACAAGAACUUACUAGAGAAAUGGAAAACCUCACUACGAAACACGAUGAGUUUCAACAAACAAUUGCUGAACAAGAAAAACAGCCUAAUAGUCAUCCACUGAUACAAAAUAUAAGCCAAUGGGAACAGGAAUCAAUUAAUAAAAUUCGGCAAGCAGCUGAAAAUGCUAGAAAUGCAUUAUUAGCUACGUUGGCUACACAUAGAACUAUAGUAAAAGAGGAUUUAACGCGUCUUAUUGGGGAAUUGAGCAAAGCGCGUAAUGAAGAUGAUUAUGUUGAAACAGAUUUGAAAGAGUGGACAGAAAAAUUAAAUAACUUACAAAAAGAUUUGAACGCUGCCCAAGCCAUCGAUUUUGGUAAAAGCGAAAAUGAAAAUGUAUUGAUUUCAAAGAUUUUUAUUAAUGGACUUUCAGCUGAUGUUUUUCAGCAAACUUGUGGGGAUAUCCAAAUUCUCGACGCUGGUAGAUUGGCUGCACAUGGCCUAAGCAAUCAGCAUGCAGUAGUAUGUGGUAAACGUCUAUAUUCAAGUGGACAACAUCGAAUACGUUUUAAAAUUGAUCAAUGCAACUAUGUCGGAGGCUUGACUUGUGGCAUUUUAUCAAAAGAUCCACCUUUGGAAUCGAUUCAGCGCUUCUUUAUGAAUAAUAAUAAUAACAAUAUGAAUCAACGCAGCCGGUCUAGUAAAAAGACUUUCGCCAAUUUAUAUACAAAUGAACAUAGUUUCAAUUGGCCCGCUUCCGAAAACUAUGGCUAUCAUAAUACAGCUUUGGCCAAUUCAAAUGAAAAUGAACGUUUCAAUUCGAUUCCUCUCAAUAACAACUGGCAACAAAAUGAUAUUCUUGAGUUACGCAUUGAUUGUGACCAGAAAAUGAUCUAUUUAAGCAAUGAACGAACACAUCAAUCCGAGGAACGCCAUAUAGACUCAAACAAGUGUGCAUUGCCUUGGCAAUUUUUUGUCACAAUGUUUUAUGCAAAUAGUCGUGUUCGUAUUUGCGAAGAAACAGUUUCGACAACAGCGAAGGAACAACUUGACGACUGCAUUGAAGAUCAAUUGGCGACUACGAUUCAUUAG